AUGCUGCCUGCUUUCAUCAAAGAAAACAAGAACAUGUUGGCCAAGACUUGCUUACUGAAAUCGAAUAUAGUUGGAAUGUCAUGGGAAGCAAGUAUAGUGAGAAAAAAGUCCAAUUACUUCAUAUGUGAAGGAGAGUGGUCACAUUUUGUGGUGCAUCACCAACUGGAGCUGGGUGACAUUUUGCUAUUUUUUCUCAUUGAUAAAUCGACGUUCCAAGUCCUGGUUUAUAACCAGAAAAGUUAUAAAAACUUCAGCGGGAGGCAACUAUUUGAGGAACUCAGCAGUUCCUCCCAAGAAAAACAGGACUAUGGAAAUACUGGACCUUCAAGAAAAUCCAAGAGAGUUAAUACAGAACCAGAAGAAUUGUCAGGUACUGUUGCUGAAGAGGAGGAAGCUAACAGUGAAAGUGAAGAAAAUGGUCCAAAGAAGAUCAGAUUCAGUGUCGUGAACUUAAACAGCAAAGAUCCAUACUAUGAAAUGGUUAUCAAAAAGUCCCACUCAAUUUUUAUGGGAGAUGGUGGUAGUAAUGUUUUACAGGUUCAAAAGAUCUUCAAACCCCAUUCCUUGCAGUAG